GACCCAUCACACAAAAAGUGAAAAAGAAGGAGGAAAAAAAAAUGACAGAGGAAUGCUAACAAUUCUCCUCUAUCAAUAGCAACAAAAAUCCACAGAAACUUUUCUCUAUCUCCUUCAUCCUCAAAUUCUUCUAAAUUUCUCACUUCAAUUCAAUUAAUGGAGGCUGAAUGCACAUCUCUUAGUUGGGAAUUCUGCACUCAUCAAGAAGAUGUGGGGAAUGGAAGAGCUGAAGCAUGCUCUUUUGUACACAACUUUGGAGCUUGAAACAACAAUCAUGUCAGCAAAGGAGGAGAUUUUGAGGAGAGAAUGUGAAAUUAUGAACUUGAGAGAUCUUCUCAACAGAGCAAUUAAAGAGAAAGAUGAAGUUGAAGCAAAAUGUGGGAAGUUAAUGUAUGAAAACUUGUUUCUGCUUGAUCAACACAAAAUUCAAGAACACGAAGUCACUCCACAAAGUGAUAGUGAUUCUAGUAAGAUCUUUGCUUGUUCUGAUUCUGAUGAUAAUGCAAUUCAAUCUUCUCAAACUGACCCAAUUGUGGGAGAGACGUUGUUAUCAAAACAACACCUACCAACUGUUUGGGAAAAUGCCUGUGAGAAUGAAAAGCCAUUGUUAUCCCAAGAACUCCCCUCCACUGUUUGGAAAAAUGCCUGUGAGAAUGAAAAGCCAUUAUUAUCUCAAGAACUCCCACCAACUGUUUGGAAAAAUGCCUGUGAGAAGCCAUUGCCACAAAAAGGCAAGCUUCUGCAGGCAGUGAUUGAAGCUGGCCCUCUUCUUCAGAACCUCCUCCUUGCCGGGCCGCUGCCUCACUGGCAGCACCCGCCACCACUCGUCGACUCGGGUGACAUCCCGCCAGUGAUCAUCUCAGCUCGCCCUUCACAGCCCCCAGCUCAAAGCUCACCCAUUGACAUUAGAAAAAGAAGCCAUUCAUUUCUGUCUGAUUUCUCUCAACAUUCUCACAAGCAUCAAAAAGUGAUUUAGUAAUAGUCUCAAUGACUUUGAUUCCUCAUUCUCUCUAGUUCUUUUCAAUGCCCAUCUACUUAAUUUAUUGUCAUCUUUUUUUUCUUUUUGCUGUGAUUGUGAGAUUUGUAAUUUGGAGUUUGUUUGUUUCAUUCUCUUUCAAAUCACAAUUACACCAAAAAAAAAAAAAAAACGUGGGUUGAAAAGAAGAAAAAGGGGGAAAUUCUCAUUCACUUUGUUCCAAGUACAAAGUACUUGGAACAAAUUUUUUGUGAUGCUGCAAAUGCCAUAAAUUCAAAGAAAAACCAUGGCUUUGUUUAUGGAUCAUUUUUCAGUUCUGUACCAUAUAACUUUUAUUACUAAUGAAAAUCCAAACUUUGUUGCUGAA